AUGAAGCAGUCACACUACCUUGCAGAUGUUGAUCUCCCAGCCGAUAUUCUCGAGUACGCCGAGUCCAGCUACGGUCUUUCGGACGUGGACCUCAACAGAAUAGCGUCCUACAUCGAAGAAUGUACCAAAAACCUCGCUUCUAUCGAGCGACAGCUGGCUAUAGAGCUAGAAAUCGAGCGACCGUGGCAAAACCACACCCGCGCAGAUCUGCGGCUAAGAAAGACCACGGAGAUCAGAAGGAUAAGGAUCUGCCGGCAAAUUGGGGCGCCUAUCCGACAACUUCCCCUUGAGAUUCUUGGGGAGAUAUUUACGCUCUGUCUGCCUCCCAUGAUGACGAAGCACCGGGCGCGAUCCCUCUGCAAACGUGAAGCGCCGCUGGUAUUAUGUCGCGUCUGCUCUUCCUGGAGAAAUGCAGCGAUUAAUACCCCCCAUUUGUGGAAAGAGCUUGAAUUCCGGACUCCGUAUCCCAUUGGGCUGUCCAUUUCCGUGGCUAAAAAGAUGAAAGUGUGGGUUGGGAGGGGAGGAGACCUUCCCGUCUUGCUGCGACUGGUGUUGAGAAACCACUACACCUUCCUAGCAGCUCGGGACACCGUCAGCUUGGAGGAAACGCUUUCACAGGAACCGUUGUCGUUGGUGUGUAACCUGGACAUAUCGAUACCCACGCCCGCCCCUUUAUACCCCUCUUUUAAACGAGCAGAUGGAUUCAAGCGCCUGGAGUCGCUUGUCAUGCGUUCUGAGAACGUCAUGGACCCCACGGCUGACCAAAGUCACCUAAUGCUCUUUCCCGGAGCCUCCAUGCUUCGCCGAGCUGUGUUGAUCAACGUCCUUUCUCCACGGAUUUCCUCCACUCUCUUCCCUUGGGGCCAGUUAACACAUUUAUACGCUGGAGACCAUCUGUCCGUUGAACUAUGGUAUCGCGUGAUGAGCUACUGUGUCAAUCUGAGGGUCGCGUCUUUUGGCAUUGUCGGCUGGUGGUCUGACUACGAUUUUCGCCCUACUGGGGAGCCGGCCCUACUUCCUCAUCUCAGCAUCUUGAAUAUCAUGCAUGAUCAGAGUAGAACCGUGACCUCUGACGAGUCUGAAUUCCCAUUCAGCGGUCUUUCCCUUCCGGCGUUAAGGACUCUCCGAAUUGUGUCGAGUGACACCGGCACUUGGUCAGGUCUCAGCGAUUACUCUCAGCUGCACUUCCUUCGGGAAUUCGCGCUUAUUGGGACAUUCACCAUUUUACCAACUCAUUUACAAGACCUUUGCAGAUUAUUCAGAGCUACACCGCUCUUAUCAUCAUUACAGUUAUCAAUACAAACACCGUAUGAUGCCCUCUUUGCCAAUCUUUUGCCCACCGCUAGUCCGUCACUCCUUCCGAACCUCGAAAAUCUUGAAAUUCAUUGCAAGGCCUGGAGCCGCAUGGAUCUUGAAGGAUUUCCACCUCUGUUCAUAAAUCUGAUCAAGGCGCGGUGGUGGAGUUCUUUGCAAUCACAGGCAGCAUACAACUCCAGAAAAACUGUCCGUUUACUGCAAGCUAUCUUGUAUUUCAACGGAAUGGACGAGACUUACCUGGAUAUUAUCCGAAAAUCGUUACAGCCCUGUGUUGACGAAGGACUUGACCUUCACUUGGGCGCUGAUGAAGAAGAAGGAGAAGAUCCCAAACAUGUUAUGCCUUUUACCAAUGAUAUUCGGCACUGGCAUGAGGAUUUGAUUGACGGAGGUGCCAUUCGCUUCGGAAGAUGUCAAACAUGUUUUGAUUGAAGCUCGUCGAUUUGGCCACUUGAGUACUAAUAGCCAGUACUUGGUAGUAGCAGUUUCGCUGGAGUGGGUCGAAUAUUGGUGGCCUCACAAACGAUUAAUGGUGAUUCAAGCU